ACUGUUCAUAUUAUGCUUCGAUAUUGCUGGAUGAACAUUCGAUCAGUUUGUGUAAGUUAUAAAUGGAUUGUAUUUUUAAUGAAGAAAUAGCUGACAACUUAAAAACACCAGACUCUGUUUGUCGAUAGAGUUAUGUAUGAUGAAUACUGGAUGUUAGACAGUGUAAAUAUUUUAAUUCAACAGUUUAUACAAAUAAUUAACAAAAGUGCAUCCAUGUAUGUUUAUAAAAUGUUUGAGUAAAAGCGCGACAUGGGGAGUUGAUGAGUGUGAGGUGACAGAUGAUUUGACCGGAGGGCAAACUGACACUACAGUGUCCUUAACUUGUAAACGUCUUCAUCGUGUACCUGAUACCUGAAGAACGUGAGUGCAUGGAAUACUGGAUUGUUCGCAGGCUAUCGAUCGAAUACAACUGCAUUGUUACAAAUGAACUUUACUCCACAGAUUUGUUGAUAUGUUCACAAAUUCAUUUCUAACUAGGUCGAAUAUUUACGUCUUAAGUGGAGCUUUGAAAUCUAAACGCGGUAAAUGUGAAUGUGUUAUAAGAAACCAUGCGCGUAAAAGUUUUCAUUGAUUACAUUGAAAAUCAUCGAGGUAAGAGAUACGAAGUGUGGUGUAUGGUUUGUGACACGUAGGUUUGUUACAAUGUAUUAAAUGGAUACAAAGGAAGAUUUACUCGCCGGGGAGACCUCGUCCGAUGAGUCAGACGAAGAAAGCACUGAACUAGAUUUUCCGCGUGCCCAUCAAACGUCAUUGUUACUGGCGAUACGCGCUGCGGUCGACCAAGAAGAUGACGUCAUCGAUUAUGUCAGGCAUUCACUUCUCAUGUGCAGACGUUCGUCCACUGCAGUAGUAUGCAGAACUCUUCUGACAGUGCUUGCCAUAAUUUCGUUUGUUAUCGGAGUGGUGCGGUACGGCGAGUGCCCCUACGAGCAGGAGCUGCCCCUGUUCCUCGUGCUGCACGGGGCGGCCAUGGUCGCCAGGACGAGCCUCCACAUCGCAAACGUCUGCUACACCACGCGUCCAGACGACACCGAGAGGAACACGCUCACGACACUAAAUGAUGUCAUAUCCGUAUUUGUGGUUCUAUGGACACUCACAGGGUCUGUGUGGACGUUUGGAAUCUUCCAGUACGUGGACAUGACGGACAUGGACAACUCCGAGUACUGUGACCUGCUCGUGUUCAUGUGCGCAUGCGCUCUGCUGGCGGUGCUAUACACACUGUUCCUGUUGUUUGUGAUACUCGUGGCGGGACUUAUGAUCUAUUUCACGGUACACAAGUCUCACCGCAGCUCUCAAUUGCCGUUCCAUAGAGGUACCAGUAGGUAGUGGUAGGGCUACCCUGUGUACGGAAAUGGGGAAGUAUCAAGGGAUCAUUGUUGCAAUACAUGCUCCAGAAGGGAGCACCAUUGUUAGCAGAAUCGAAAUAUGCGCCAGCUUCCGUUCCAUGUGAACUACGGUGAUGACGCCAUCUUCUUCCGGUAAUUACGGGGGAGCACACGGAAACGCACUUGCCAUAUGGUAACUUGUUGAAAGCGUUGUCUGUUAUACCAUGCGCUGCUAACUGUUGACGGUUUAAACGUUUUUGACAGAGAAAAGCGUUGUCUAGUUGGGAUGAAAUCCACUUGUUUUGUAUAAUACAUAUUUUGUUAUUAUAUUUGCUUGUUUUUAAAUACUGCCUGUUUAACAGCAUUCAUUUGAAUAUGAUAAAUAUCGUUAAUA